AUGCUAUUUGCACCACCGAAACAAGAAUCCGGUCCAUUUGCUCCGUUGGGCGAUAGUGGCGGUGGUCUAAUGGCACAAACAGACGAUGGUCGUUGGGUGCUGCUUGGUAUUAAUUCAUUUUCUGGCUCAUGUAGGGAGCUGUUCAGAAAAACGAAUAUCCCGGCCAUACAAGGCCAUACGAAUGUUGCACUUUAUGCAGCCGAUAUUGCUCGCUUUACCGGCUUCUUUUUACCAUUGGUGCAUGUUUGA